AUGGAGAUCACCAUGGAUCAGAAAUUUCUUUCAAGCAGCUGGCCUAAUCUUCAAUUCGUUCCUGAAUCUUUUGUGCACCCACCGGAGAAAAGACCCGGGAAGCUGCUUUUUGCUCGGACUUGCAAAACAAUUCCUGUCGUUGAUCUUGAAGCUCAUGAUCAGACCCAAAUCAUUCAGCAUAUUAUGAAAGCUACCCAAGAGUUUGGAUUCUUCCAGGCCAUCAAUCAUGGAGUUUCCAAGAAAUUAAUCGAUGAUGCAAUGGGUGUUUUCAAACAAUUUCAUGCCAUGCCUACAAAGGACAAGGCAAGCCAACGCUCCAAGGACCCCAAAAGAAGCUGCAAGUUCUACACAAGCAGUCAAAAUUACUCAGCUGAGGAGGUUCACUACUGGAGGGAUGCACUAACACACCCUUGUUAUCCUUUAGAGGAAUGCAUGCAAUUUUGGCCUGAAAAGCCUUUUAGAUACCGGAAGGUUAUUGGGGAAUAUGUGAUAGAAUUAAGAAAGUUUGGAGAGAAAAUUUUGGAGAUGCUUUGUGAAGGAUUGGGACUUAGCAGGAGUUAUUUGAGUGGGGGGCUUAGUGGAAAUCCUGAGCUGAUGGUUAAUCACUAUCCACCAUGCCCAGACCCAAGCUUAACCUUGGGAUUAGCCAAUCACAAGGACCCUAGCCUCAUUACCAUAUUACUUCAAGAAGAAAAUGGACUUCAAGUUUUCAAUGAUGGUGAAUGGAUUGGGGUUGAGCCUCUUCCUCAUUCCUUUGUGGUCAACGUAGGCUAUGUUUUACAGAUAAUCAGCAAUGGGAAACUUAAAGGUGCUGAACAUCGAGCAGUGACAAAUUCAAGCUUUGCUCGAACAUCUGCUGCUUUCUUGAUAUAUCCUUCUAAUGAUAGCCUUAUAGAACCUGCAAAAGCUCUGACAAAUGCAUGCUAUCCCCCGCUCUAUAGAGCCAUGCAGUUUAAAGAGUUUCAAAGGAACUUCUUGUGUAGGGGCGCCAACGCUGAAUUAGUGCUGCAGUUUAUAAGUUCCCAGCAGAGCUACAGCACAUGA